CUUGAUUGAAAAUCAAUUUCCUCCAUUUCCAUUUCCAUUCCCCCUUUCUCUCCAAAUUUCAUUUUCUUAAAUCCAUUCUUUUCACCUCAAAAUAUAUCAAAAAAAAUAUAUAUAUACAUAUAAUUCAUCAAAAUCCCCAAUACAUAUAUAUAUAUAUAUAUAUUCAAAAUUUUGAAGAAGAUGAUGCCCAAUGACCCCGCCGGCGGCGACGGCGGCGAGCCGUCGAAUUCCACAUCAUCAAGACCAGCGCCGUCGGCCGAUCACCCUCAGCCGGCGCCGGCACCGGCGCCGCCGCAGCUGAGCCGGUACGAGUCGCAGAAGCGGCGCGACUGGAACACGUUUGGACAGUACCUCCGGAACCAGCGGCCGGCGGUGGCGCUGUCGCAGUGCAACUACGGUCACGUGCUGGACUUCAUGAGGUACCUGGACCAGUUCGGGAAGACCAAGGUCCAUAUCAAUGGCUGCGUCUUCUUCGGGCAGCCCGAGCCCGCCGGGCCCUGCACCUGCCCGCUCCGCCAGGCCUGGGGCAGCCUCGACGCCCUCAUCGGCCGCCUACGCGCCGCCUACGAGGAGAAUGGCGGCGCGCCGGAGACCAACCCCUUCGCCAAUGGCGCCAUACGCGUCUAUCUCAGGGAGGUCCGGGACCUGCAGGCCAAGGCCAGAGGGAUUCCGUACAAGAAGAAGAAGAAGCGCCGGAAGCCCAACGAUCCCACCGCCGCCGUCGCCGCCCCUAACCCAUCUCCGGCCGCCGCAGCCUCCACCUCCGGCCUCCAGUCCUCCGCCGGAAUGUCAUGAUCGAUCAAAUCGCUGUCUUCCAAUGGUAAUAUAUAUAUAUAUAUAGUUGAUUUUCUCAACUUUUACCUCUCUGCUUUAAUUAAUUCCAUUAAAUUCUUCGAUUUUCCGAAACUCCAUCGACGACGAUCGACCAUCGUAGCUAAAAUCAAGCUCUUAAAUUUAAUUAAUGUUUAUCAAAAUUGUAUGAUUUUUUCUUUCCAAUUGUGCAUUAAUUUCUCAUCCAUCUUCUCAAGCUAAGAACCCUAAUUUUCUGGCCAUGGCAGAAACCCUAAUCUGGAAAACACAUAUACUUAUAUAUAUAUAUAUAUAUAUUUGUUAGACAUGAAAUCUUGAUCUUUGAAUCAAAUCAGAGACUGAAACACUUAGAAAAACACUCACUUUUUCUCCCCAUUAAGAGAAGGAAUAGGAACAAAGCUAAGAAACACAUCAGGGAUUUCAAUUUCUUUUCUUUUCCUUUCUUUUCAUUAAUAAUAUUUAUUUAAUAAAAAUAUAUUAGUAUUUUAAAUCAUCUGUUAUUGUUCACUUUUUUGUCUUUUGGGAUUCUGCACGAUCUUAAUGCUAAUCCAAUUAUAGGCCACAACACACAAAUAUAUAUAUAUUCAUCAUCUACAGGAAAACUAUAAACUACUAUUAUACAUGAAAUUAAAUAAAAUAAUUUAUGUUCAUAUAUAUAUUUCGAUUGAAUUGGAAUCCAUGGAAUGAAAUUUAAUUAAACUAAUAUUUGAAUAUAUAUAUAUAUAUAUAAUUAGGAUCGGACAUUAGCAUAGGAUUGUCUUUUUCUUUCCAGAAUUAACAUGAGUUGUCCUUUUGUCUGUUGUCUAUAAAAAUGAGGAAGAUGGGGUUUGUUGCUAUAUCAUUUCUAUGAAACAGUAUUUAAUUAUGAUAUCAGGUCAGGUGUGUGUGUUGAGUAGCUUCGAUCAAUUCCUCCCUCUUCAUUUUCUCAGACAUGUCUUUUUCCUUUUACCAUUUUUGUUCAAUCAUUUUCAAUUUUUUUUCUUCAACAUACGAUUCCUUUUUCUCACACCCUUUUUUCCCAUUUCUUUUAUUUUUAUUUUUAUUUUCAUAUAUAUAUAUAUAUAUAUAUAUAUUGGUUUGACAGAUUAUUGGGUUCGAUGAAUUAAGUGUAACUUAGUACUUAAAUUAUUGCGUACAACUUAUUUAUGUCGAGGAUCAUUUUAUUUUAUUUUUUUGGCCCGCAACUUGCAUCUAGUUAUUGCUCGUUUAUUUAAUGAUUAUUGUAGUAGGCGAGAAAGAUAAUAGCUGUUAAUAUAUAGUGUGUCGCUUGUUUAAGACUUUUAGUUAGUUAAAGCGAUUGAUCGGGAUUAGUUUUGUUCAAACAUUAGAAACCCUAGCUCAAUACGAUUCGUAGUUGAAAUAGUGCAUUUCCAUUCUUUUGUUAGAUAAUUCGGCUAUGAUGUCCGCAUCAA